AUGCUAAAUUAUGAUAAAAAUGAUGAAGAACAUUAGCAGGGUACUGUUAAGGAAAAACUUGAUAAAUUACAUAUUCAAUCAGUAAAGCCAAAAGCCUCAACAAUUUCUCUAAAAGUUAAUGUUAGGGAAAAUAGAAAAUUGUCAUUAGCAAAUAAAUAGGCUAAAAAAGAUGCAUCAGAAUCAGUAUCUGAGUCUUCUUACGAUGAUUUCUCAGAAAUAUAUUUUUCAGAAUUCGAUAUUAUAAAUGAUAAUAAGAAGGCAAAGAUUUUAUGUGAAUAUAAGAAUAGUUUUUUUAAUGAGAAAAUAAAAGUGUUUAAUGAAAUAAAAUCAAAGUAGAUUUGGCCAAAACAAUAAGCAUAGGUUAAUUAAGAUGAUGCAUCAGUUCAACUUAUAAAAUCAUCAUCAAUUAUGAGAUAAUAAUCAUCAGUUUCUGAUAGUAAUCACAAUACAAUUAGUUUAAUGAGAAGAAUAAAAGAAUUUAAUGAUUACUCUAUUGAGUAAUCCCUAAAACAAAUUAACUCUCCGCUUAUAUUUUACAUACCUAACAAUCAUUAAUUUAAUUUUAACAAUACUUAAAUCAAUAAUAAUUUUACUAGUUCUCAUGCUAUAAACAAUCGAUCUUUAUAAUAAAUAAAAGAAAACAGCUAGUACACUAUAGAUAUUCCUUGUGAUUCCUUAGGACAAUAAUCAGCUAAACAUACAGAUAAAGAUUUAUAACAAUAAAUAAUAGAAGCGAUUUUUGCUAAAAAUAUUUUUUUUUUAAUUCAAAUGAUAAAAUUUUUACAGAAGGAAUACAGAACAGAGAUUCUUAAUUAAAAAGAUUUAAAUGGAAAUACACCACUUUUAUUAGCAAUAAAAUUAUCUCAUUAAUAAAAUUAGUAUGAAAUUAUUAGACUAUUGUUAUAAAGUGGUUGUGAUCCUUCAAUAAAAGAUUUAAAUGGUUGGAGUCCAAUUGAAGAAACAGUAGCUUAAAUGGAUGUAUUGACAACAUCAUUGUUAUUUGAUCAUUUAGUUUAAAAAAGAAUGUUUGAUAUUUAAUAAGAAAGAAAUCAUAUAGAUUAGGAGUUGUUAAGAAUUAAUGAUUUUUAUCUUGAAAUGAAAUGGGAAUUUAAGUCUAAUUUGAUACCAUUUAUCUCGAAAAUAACACCAAAUGAUACCUUCAAAAUAUAUAAAAGAGGUAUGAUCAGAAUUUGAUUUAAGGUUCAUCUUUAAGACUAGAUUCAACUUUCGCAGGAACUAAAAAUUAUAAGACAAAAAGGAGAGAAAUCAGUGUAUUGUAUAAUCCAAUGAUUGGUUCUUCUUAAAGGAAGGAAAAUUGUUCAAAUUGUAGAUUUGUAACCAUAUUAAAUAGAACAAAAAAAAUCUACUAUUAUCCAAUUGUAAAUAAUCAAAUUAUAUUAGUAAGAGAUAGAUAUUGAGGAAAAAGAAUAAAUUAUUAUAGAUCUAUUAAACUGUGAUAGUGUAAGUGGUGAAAUGAAAGUAACUUAAUGUGAAUUGAUAAAAAGGAAAAAUAUUUUCGGGAAUUAUGUGAGUUAAAAAAUAAAUAAUCAAGUUUGUUAAAAAUAUGAAUUUCGAAUUCAAGCAAAUAAAUAAUUUCGUAAAAAAUAGAGAUCUCAUUAUACUAUGAAUUUUGAAUAAUAUAUAAAAUAAAAUUUUGAUUCAGAUUCCAAAUAAGAUAAGAUAAAUUUUGAACCUUGGGCAUAAGAAAUCAUUUAGAAUGAUGGAACUUGUAAAAGUAAAGUAUUUACAAUAUAAAAUAGAAUAAUCAAAGUUGUGCUAAUUAUAUAUAAGUUAAGAAUUUCCUUUAAAUUUUAGAUAAUUUUUACCAAUAAUAAAAAUGUUAGCAAGAGGAAAUGAAAUGUUAUAAUCUCUAGAAGAAAUAUUAUUAAGUGAAACAGUAAAAUAAGUUUUGAAUGAUAAUGGAUUUCCUGUGAGAGUCGAAAUCCCUAUUAAUUUUACAAUUGAUGCCGUUGUUACUUUCCAGAAUUAUAAAUAAAUCGAUUUUGAAAACUAAGAAAUACGCGAAUUAUUCUAAAUACCUAGUACUUUUCAUUUAAUGUAAAGAAGAGAUGCUACAAAAGUAAUGAAAAGAUAGAAAAAAAGAUUGGUUUUAGCAAAUUUAUUUUUAUGA